GGACAAACACAAGCACAUCACAAGACAUCAGGGCAACCCAACCAGGAAGAAGAAGAAGAAGAAGAAGAAGAAGAAGAAGAAGAAGGAUGGAUCAGAAGCCCAAGACGAAGAUCGUGUGCACCCUCGGACCUGCAUCUAGGUCGGUGCCCAUGGUCGAGAAGCUUCUCCGGGCCGGCAUGAACGUUGCCCGCUUCAACUUCUCCCAUGGCUCCCACGAGUACCAUCAGGAGACUCUCAACAAUCUCCGCGCCGCCAUGGAAUCCACCGGAAUUCUUUGCGCCGUUAUGCUCGAUACCAAGGGUCCCGAGAUUCGAACUGGAUUUCUCAAGGAUGCUAAACCCAUCCAGCUUAAACUGGGUCAAGAAAUCACCAUAUCCACUGACUACAGCAUCAAGGGUGAUGAAAAUAUGAUUUGCAUGAGCUACAAAAAGUUGGCUCAUGAUGUCAAGCCAGGAAGUAUGAUACUGUGUGCUGAUGGUACCAUCUCCUUUUUGGCUUUAUCUUGUGACAGAGAAAAGGGCCUCGUCAGAUGCCGGUGUGAGAACUCUGCCAUGCUUGGUGAGAGGAAGAAUGUUAAUCUUCCGGGAGUCAUUGUGGAUCUCCCCACUCUUACAGAAAAAGACAAGGAAGAUAUUCUCAAGUGGGGAGUUCCAAACAAGAUUGACAUGAUUGCUCUGUCUUUUGUUCGCAAGGGUUCAGACCUAGUGGAGGUUCGCAAGCUCCUUGGAAAGCAUGCUAAGAACAUCCUUCUCAUGUCAAAGGUGGAGAAUCAGGAAGGAGUGGCAAACUUUGAUGAUAUCCUUGCAAAUUCUGAUGCAUUCAUGGUGGCUCGAGGUGAUCUUGGAAUGGAAAUUCCAAUUGAAAAGAUAUUUUUGGCUCAGAAAGUGAUGAUCUAUAAGUGCAACAUCCAAGGGAAACCUGUUGUCACAGCAACACAGAUGUUGGAAUCAAUGAUCAAGUCUCCCCGUCCAACUAGGGCUGAAGCCACUGAUGUUGCAAAUGCGGUUCUAGAUGGCACUGACUGUGUGAUGUUGAGUGGUGAGACUGCUGCUGGAGCUUAUCCUGAACUUGCAGUCAGAACCAUGGCAAAAAUAUGCCUUGAAGCAGAAAGCACCCUUCACUAUGGAGAUGUCUUUAAAAGGAUUAUGGAUCACUCCCCGGUGCCCAUGAGCCCAUUAGAGAGCCUGGCUUCGUCUGCUGUUAAAACAGCCAACUCAUCCAAAGCAGCUCUCAUAUUGGUCCUAACUAGAGGAGGAAGUACUGCAAAGCUAGUGGCUAAGUACAGGCCUGGCAUGCCUAUACUGUCCGUAGUUGUCCCUGAGAUUAAGACCGACUCGUUUGACUGGUCAUGCAGUGAUGAAUCUCCAGCAAGGCAUAGUCUGAUUUUCCGUGGCUUGGUUCCAGUCUUAAGUGCAGGAUCUUCUAGGGCCUCUCAUGCUGAAACAACUGAAGAAGCUCUGGAGUUUGCCAUUCAACACGGUAAGGCAAAGGGACUCUGCAAGAAUGGUGAUGCUGUUGUGGCUCUGCACCGUGAUGGAAAUGCAUCUGUGAUCAAGAUCUUGACUGUGAAGUGAGUUUGGUUUAGAUCAUCAAUUUGUUCUAUCCUUUUGGGCCUCCGCUGAAAGAACUGAUGACACAAUGCUUAUAAUUUUUGCCUGGUUUUUAAUGUGAUUUUGGAUGCAAAAACAUCAACGGCCACCCUUCUCUUGUGAUGAGACGGUGGCUUUCAUAUCAGAUAUAUUAUUGCUCAGUGCGACGUGGAACUUAAUUCAAUACUAUUAGGAUCAUUUGCUAUA